CGGAGUGUUUCAGUGUAGCAUCAGUCUGAGGAGUAGAUAGUGGGUACUACGGAAGAACAGUAAUUUCCAGUUGCUGCGUGAUGGCUCUCCCAGAGAUCAAAUAUACCAAGUUGUUCAUCAAUAAUGAAUUUGUGGACUCUGUCUCUGGAAAGACUUUCCCCACUGUGAAUCCAGCAACAGGAAAGAAGAUUGUAGACAUUGCUGAAGGAGACAAGGCUGAUGUAGACAAGGCUGUAGCAGCUGCCAAGGCUGCCUUUAAGAUAGGUUCACCAUGGAGGAAACUGGAUGCUUCCGCACGAGGGGUACUCCUCAACAAGUUGGCAGAUCUUAUGGAACGUGAUGCUAAAACGUUGGCAAUACUGGAGACUCUGGACACUGGCAAACCUCUCACAGGAGCAAAAUUUGAAAUGCUGUUCUGUGCAAAAACAUUGCGCUACUAUGCUGGCUGGUGUGACAAGGUACAUGGCCAGACUAUUCCAGCAGAUGGCGCAGUGUUCUCGUUCACUCGUUUGGAACCAGUGGGCGUUGUUGGACAGAUCAUCCCAUGGAAUGGCCCAGCAGUGAUGGCAAUCUGGAAGCUGGCCUCUGCAAUUGCAACUGGGUGCACUGUUGUUUUGAAGCCUGCAGAACAGACACCCCUUACUGCCCUUUACAUUGCUGCCCUUGUCAAAGAGGCUGGUGUCCCUGAAGGUGUAGUUAAUGUGAUCCCAGGCUAUGGGCCAACAGCAGGUGCAGCCAUCACGGCACACCCAGAUGUCACUAAAGUGGCUUUCACUGGAUCUGUAGAGGUGGGGCGCAUCAUCAUGGCAGAUGCAGCCAAGUCAAAUUUGAAGAAAGUGUCACUGGAACUGGGAGGGAAGAGCCCUCUCGUCAUAUUUAAAGAUGCCGAUGUUGACCAGGCAGUAGAGCUGGCACAUCAAGCUGUGUUUAUCAACCAAGGGCAGGUAUGCUGUGCAGGCUCCAGGACCUUUGUGCAUGAAGAUAUAUAUGAUGAAUUUGUCAAGAAGUCUAUAGAAAGGGCUCAGAGGAGGAAGGUUGGAGACCCUUUUACUGAAUCAACUGAGCAGGGACCCCAGAUUGAUGACGAGAUGUUCAACAAAGUUCUGAAAUUCAUUGAGUCAGGGAAGGCAGAAGGGGCUAAACUGGAAUGUGGAGGAGAACGCUUGGGUGACACUGGGUACUUCAUAAAACCAGCUGUUUUUACGAAUGUCACAGACAACAUGACAAUUGCUAAAGAAGAGAUCUUUGGUCCAGUGCAAUGUGUCCUAAAGUUCAAGACCCUGGAGGAGGCCAUUGAGAGGGCCAAUAAGACAAGCUAUGGGCUAGCAGCUGGGAUUGUUACAAAGGACCUCAACACAGCCCUAGUAUUUGCCCAGUCUGUGCAGGCUGGCACUGUGUGGGUGAACUGCUACAACAUUAUAACUCCUCAGACUCCAUUUGGAGGCUACAAGGAAUCAGGGAUUGGUAGAGAAAUGGGUGAAGAUUCUCUGAAAGAAUACCUACAGAUAAAAACUGUGACUGUCCAAUUGCCAUACAAACUGUGAAGGAACAUGCUGUGACUGGAUGAAAAAAAAAGGCUCACAAUUUUAAGAUGUUUUGAUGUUACUACUGCCAUUAUUGCUUGAUUAUAUCAUUUUGUUUCCCUAAAAAUAGUGUUGUACUUUUAGUUCUUUUGUUAUUUGUAUUAGUUUGGGUUUAUACAAACAAGAAGCUGUCUUAUGGACAAUGUAGCAGGGUUCCUAAAUUUUACAGCCCGCUUAUCCGAGAAUAAAAUUGUUGUUUAAAUC